AUGGGGACCGUGGCCCCGGGGUCCGGGUCGCCGCUGUGGCCCGGGCUUGGGUUCCUGCUCCAGCUCGCGGCGCUGCUUGGGACGCUCGGGCCACAGGUCCAGACCCUCAAGCCAGAGAGCCUCCUGCUGGUGUCCACCUUGGAUGGAAGCCUCCACGCCCUGAGCAAACAGACAGGGGACUUGAAGUGGACCCUGAAGAACGAUCCCAUCAUCCAAGGACCAAUGUGUGUCACAGAAACAGCCUUUCUCUCAGACCCAGCUGAUGGCAGCCUCUACAUCCUGGGGACCCAGAAACAACAGGGAUUAAUGAAACUGCCAUUCACCAUCCCAGAGCUGGUCCAUGCCUCUCCCUGCCGCAGUUCCGAUGGGGUCUUCUACACAGGAUGGAAGCAGGAUGCCUGGUUUGUGGUGAAUCCUGAGUCAGGGGAGACUCAGAUGACACUGACCACAGAUAGUCUGUCUACCCCCCACCUCUACAUCGGACGGACACAGUACACGGUCACCAUACAUGACCCAAGGGCCCCGGCCCUACGCUGGAACACCACUUACCGCCGCUACUCAGCAUCCCCCAUGGAUGGAUCACCUGGGAAAUACAUGAGCUACCUGGCAUCCUGUGGGAUGGGCCUGCUGCUAACUGUGGACCCGGGAAGUGGGGCGGUGCUAUGGACACAGGAUUUGGGUGUGCCUGUGACGGGCAUCUACACCUGGCAUCAGGAUGGCCUGCGUCAGCUACCCCACCUCACACUGGCUCGGGACACCCUGCAUUUCCUCGCCAUCCACUGGGGCCACAUCCGGCUGCCUGCUUCAGGCCCCCAAGAUGCAGCCACACACUUCUCUGUCUUGGACACCCAGCUUCUCAUGACACUGUAUGUAGGAAAAGAAGAAGCUGGCUUCUAUGUCUCCAGAGCCCUGGUCCACACAGGGGUGGCCCUAGUGCCUCGUGGACUGACCCUGGCCCCCGUGGAUGGCCCCACCACAGAUGAGGUGACACUCCAAGUCUCGGGGGAACGGGAGGGCUCACCCAGCACUGCUGUGAGAUACCCCUCAGGCAGCGUGGCCCUCCCUAGCCAAUGGCUGCUCAUCGGACACCAUGAGCCACCCCCAGUCCUGCACACCACUAUGCUGAGGGUCCAUCCCAACUCAGGGAGUGGGACUGCUGCGACGAGACCCCAGGAGAGUGUCCAUGCUUCAACUCUCUUCUCAGAGCUCCUGAGCCUGAGUCGAGAGCAACCUUGGGACCCAGAGCUACAACCUGAAGAGACAACUCCAGGCUCUACUCCAGGGCUGGGAACCCAAGACCUGCUGGCAGCUAGUCUCACAGCUGUCCUCCUGGGAGGCUGGAUUCUUUUCCUGAUGAGGCGGCAGCAGCAGCUGGCAGAGAAGCAGCAGCAGAUUCCCCCAGCACCUGCGGGCCCUCCUGCCAUCUCCCGGGAUGCUCAGGCCCAGCCCCCAGGGGCCACCCUGCGAUACCAGAAGAGUCCUCCAAGUCCCUCAGAGCAAGCCCAUGCAGCCUGCGAUCCUGAAGCUGAGCAGCUCACUGUGGUGGGAAAGAUUUCCUUCAACCCCAAAGAUGUGCUGGGACGCGGGGCAGGUGGAACCUUUGUUUUCCGGGGACAGUUUGAGGGACGGGCAGUGGCUGUCAAACGGCUACUCCGGGAAUGCUUCAGUCUGGUUCGGCGGGAGGUCCAGCUGCUGCAGGAGUCGGACAGGCACCCCAAUGUGCUCCGUUACUUCUGCACGGAGCGGGGCCCCCAGUUCCACUACAUUGCUCUGGAGCUCUGCCAGGCCUCCUUGCAGGAGUAUGUAGAGAACCCUGACCUGGACCGCUGGGGCCUGGAGCCCAGGAUGGCGCUGCAGCAGCUGACGUCUGGCCUGGCGCACCUGCACUCCCUACACAUAGUGCACCGCGAUCUGAAGCCAGGCAACAUUCUCCUCGCUGGGCCCGACAGCCAGGGACAAGGCAGGGUGGUCCUUUCCGAUUUCGGCCUCUGCAAGAAGUUGCCUGCUGGCCACUGCAGCUUCAGCCUCCGCUCGGGCAUCCCUGGCACCGAAGGCUGGAUGGCGCCCGAGCUCCUCCAGCUCCUGCCCCCACACAGCCCUACCACCGCCGUGGACAUCUUCUCUGCAGGCUGCGUGUUCUAUUAUGUGCUUUCCGGAGGCAGCCACCCCUUCGGAGAGAGUCUUUACCGCCAGGCCAACAUCCUCGCAGGAGCUGCCUGCCUGACUCACCUGGAAGAAGAGGCCCACGACAAGGUGGUGGCCCGGGACCUGGUGGAAGCCAUGCUGAGUCCUGUGCCGCAGGCCCGUCCUUCUGCCCCCCAGGUGCUGGCCCACCCCCUCUUUUGGAGCAGAUCCAAGCAGCUCCAGUUCUUCCAGGAUGUUAGUGACUGGCUGGAGAAGGAGUCUGAGCAGGGGCCCCUGGUGACGGCGCUGGAGGCAGGCAGCUCCAAGGUGGUCCGGCAAAACUGGCACAAGCACAUCUCCAUGCCGCUGCAGACGGAUCUGAGAAGGUUCCGGUCAUAUAAGGGGACAUCAGUGCGAGACCUGCUCAGGGCCAUGAGGAACAAGAAGCACCACUACAGGGAGCUCCCGGCGGAGGUGCAGCAGGCGCUGGGCCAGGUCCCCGACAGCUUCCUGCAGUACUUCACCCAGCGCUUCCCGCGGCUGCUCCUCCACACCCACCGCGCCAUGAGGAGCUGCGCCUCCGAAAGCCUCUUCCUGCCCUACUACCCGCCCGCCUCAGAGGCCAGGGAGCCGGGCCAGGGGCUCCUGGGGGCUGAGCCAGCAGAGGGCCACGGAGACCGCCUCCACCCCAGAGGGCCGAGGAGUUGGGCCUGCGGCUGA